AUGCCCGCGCCCCCGGACCCGCCGCCGCUCCCCGCGCCGGCAACGGACCCGGACCCGGACCCGUCGGAUCCCGCCGAGGCCGCGCCGCCCGCCGCCUCCGCCGCCGCCGCCGAUGAGGAGGAGGAUGACCGCGUCUUCCUAGUGCCCCUCAGGUGGUGGAAGGAGGCGCAGGAGGGAUCGGCGAUCGACGCGCCCGGGCUGCCCUACGCGGCCGCGCCGGCUGGACCCACCUCCUACGGCAUGAGGGUGCUGAGCAUGUUCCUCUCGGACCAGACGUACACGCUCCGCCGCGCGGACGAGCUCCUCGAGCAGACCGCCGCCGCCUCCGCCAGGAGCUACGCGCUCCUCCCGGCCGACCUCUUCGCCAAGGCGCGGGACUGGUAUAUUGAUUCUGCCAAGUCUGCAGGCAAAAACAUGUCACCUGCUGGAGACUCAGUAAAUAUUUACCCCAUAAUGCUAAGAGUUUCUGCCACCAGAGGUACACAUACACUAACAGUGAAGAUUGGCAAAAAGGACAACUCAACUGAGAACUUUAAGAGAGCAAAUAAGAUUCUGACUGCAGACUCUGAGCCGGUUCACAUAUGGGAUUUCUCUGGGCGAACAACAUACAUAGUUAUGACUGAAUUGAACCGGUCGCCCCAUGACUCAAAAUCUGCAGAUCAGGAGAUGCCUCUACAAAUACACAUUUAUGAUUUGUCAGAACCUAUGGUUAAUGGUUCUGAUGGGAAAAGAGACGAGUUAGCAUUAACAUUGGGUGGCUCAAGUUUUAGCAAUGGUGGUACUAUGAACAUGGAUCUGGAUUCAUCAAGUGGAAGCUCUAAGCAAGUUGGCUCUGGUCUAACAGGACUAGACAAUCUGGGAAACACAUGUUUCAUGAACAGUGCAGUCCAGUGCUUGGCUCAUACUUCAAAGCUGGUUGACUAUUUCCUUGGUGAUUUCCAUAAAGAAAUAAACCCACAUAACCCACUGGGGAUGAAGGGGGAACUCGCAUGCGCAUUUGGUGAUUUAUUGAGGAAGCUAUGGGCUAUUGAUAGAACCCCCGUUGCACCUCGCCAAUUCAAAGCUAGACUUGGACGCUUUGCUCCCCAAUUCAGUGGCUUUAACCAACAUGAUUCACAGGAGCUUCUUGCUUUCCUAUUGGAUGGACUCCAUGAAGAUUUGAACCGUGUUAAAUGUAAACCAUAUUCUGAAGCAAAGGAUUCAGAUGGUCGUCCGGAUGAGGAGGUCGCAGAUGAGUACUGGGGCAACCAUUUAGCCCGAAAUGAUUCUAUCAUAGUUGAUAUCUGCCAGGGUCAGUACAAGUCAACAUUAGUUUGCCCCAUCUGCAAGAAAGUGUCUGUAACAUUUGACCCAUUUAUGUAUUUGUCUUUGCCCCUGCCUACAACAACAAUGAGAACAAUGACUAUAACAGUCUUCAGCACUGAUGGGACCAGUGGGCCAUCUCCUUACACUAUUAGUGUACCGAAAUCUGGAGAUACAAGGACCCUUAUUAAUAUGUUAAGCAAUGCUUGUUCGUUGAGAGAUGAUGAGCGCCUCCUAGUUGCUGAGGUCUACAACAAUUCCCUUAUUCGGUACUUGGACGAACCUUCUGAAGUCAUCUCCUUGAUCAGAGAUGGAGAUCGUUUGGUUGCAUAUCGGCUUCCUAAAGACAAUGAAGAUGCUCCUAUUGUGGUGUUCAGAAACCAGCGUAUGGAGUCGUCCCUUGCCAAUUUUGGGCGGAAGUCAUGGAAGACUUUUGGCACUCCACUUGUGUCAAGCCUUCCCGAUACCGUAACUGGAAGUACUAUUUGCAAUCUUUUCCUAAAGGUUAUGACUCCAUUCAGAGUAUCAAGAGAUGAUGUUGCCGAUGCUGAUAAAACAAUUGGCGAAAGCAGUCUGGUUGAUGAAACUGCAGAUAGCAAUAUGAGCUCUGAUGCCUCAGAGCCCACCACUAUAAACAACAAUUCUGUUGAGGAUGAAACAGGGACUGGAGACGUGAUGCAAUUUUUCCUGACUAAUGAGAGAUUCCCAGACCAACACAUGAAGAUAGAAAUGGAUCUAUCCAUUACGGUGAAAGAUCCGCAUAAGCGUCUGCAUGUGGCUGUGUGUUGGGAGGACAAUGGACUGGAUCAAUAUGAUCUUAGUUCUUUGGAUUCUCUUCCAGAAGUUUACAAAGCGGUGCUAUUUUCUAGGAGGCCACAGGACACAUGUUCUCUAUAUGCAUGUCUGGAAGCUUUUAUUAAGAAAGAACCAUUAGGCCCAGAAGACAUGUGGUACUGCCCAGGUUGUAAAGAGCAUCAACAAGCUAGUAAGAAGUUAGACCUUUGGAGAUUACCUGAAAUCCUUAUAAUACACCUGAAAAGAUUUUCGUACAGUCGGUACACCAAAAACAAGUUGGAGACCUUUGUGGACUUCCCAAUUUGUGAUCUUGACCUGUCAAAGUAUAUCGGUCACAGAUGCCAAGAUGUUCCUCACAAUUAUCGACUGUAUGCUAUUAGCAACCACUAUGGAAGCUUGGGAGGUGGUCACUAUACAGCUUAUGUUUAUCAUGAAGGCAAAAAAAGGUGGUAUGAUUUCGAUGACCGUCAUGUGGGUCCUAUAACCGAGGACAGUAUAAAGACAUCGGCGGCUUAUGUUCUUUUUUACCGGCGGAUACAGGAGGAUAGCUUAGAUACAGGUACAGACAUAGAUUCUGAUAUUCCAACUUGA